AUGAUAAACACUUCUAUUGUUUAUUUCUUAUUUGUUUUCCAGAUUUCAUCUCAUUCAGCUGAAAUUUCUGAUUAUGAAUAUGUUUUAUGUGAUGACUAUGACACAAAUUCAGUUGAUGAUUUAUCUGAUUUAUUUGAUAGUCUUGAUUUGGAGUAUUUGCUUGAAGAUGAUAGUUUUUUUAAGAAUGUAAAAGAGAAGUACCACAAAGCUGUCAAUUUAAUUAAAAAUAAAGUCGAGUCAACAGUUACCAAAGGUGCAAACAAAUUAGUUGACAAGGGAGACACAAUCCAGAACAAGUUAGGCAAUGUAAAGGAAAAACUUGAAAACCCGAAAAAAAAAGCUAAAAAAGUGAAAAAAUAUUCCUUAUAUGGAGGUUUAAUCCCAACACCUUUAUCACCUGGUUUUCUUGCUGUCUCGAGUACAGCUGGGGUUGUUGAGAAAGCUAUCCAAAAAACACAGGAUGGUGCUGAUAUUGGAAUAAAAGCUACUCAAGUUGGUCAAGAAGGUUCAAAAGCAUUUUUAGAAACAGAAGGAACAUUUACUGACAAACUAAAAGCUGGGAAACAAGCCGCAAUUGACCGUUACAAUGAAAUUAAUGAAGAAAGUAAGGCACAAAAACUACUUGAAAAAGAAAAGAAGGAUAAAAAAAGAAAAAUGAAGUCAUUAGAUGGAAAGAUGUAUUCCAAAUUGACUAUGUUAAAAGGUGCCAAAAAACUUAAAAAAACUGAUGAUAAUAAACAAACAAGUAAUAAUUCAAAGGGUGUUCAGGAAACCACAGCCGAUACAGAUAAAGAUGAAAGUUCGAAAUUGAACAAUAAGGAUAAAAAGGCCGGAUUAAAAAUAUCAAAGAAGAUUGGUAAAAGAACAAAUAGAAUUGCAAAUGUUGUGAAAUCUUUUUCAAAUGACAACGCAACGACAAUUGUGAAAAGGGGUGUUUCGAAAAUUAUGAAAAAAGCAAAAACUAAAGUAAACAACAAAAUAAAUGAGGCUUAUAGAACAGUAAAAGGAUUUGAAAAUUCAGUAAGAGAUGCGAAAUAUAAAAUUUCAAAACUACCAAAGAAACUGAAAACUAAAGUCAGUCAAUUGAAAGAAAAGAAAAAAGCAUUUAAAGCAUUAAGAAAGAGACAUAAAAAAGAAAAGAAACCGUUAUUGUCUUAA